AUGGUCAAUGUCGCCGGGCGAAGUAGAGGCUGCGCGACAUGUCGGAAGCGCAGAGUAAAGUGCGAUGAGUCUCUUCCAGAGUGUCUGCGAUGCCUCAACAUGGGCUUGAAAUGUCCCGGAGCCCGCACAGACGCCUUCUUCGUCCAUGCCGUCCCCGACGCUCCGUUGCGUGAUUCGCCGGCUGCUCUUACGGUCGUCAAGCUGAAGCAUGAGCCAUCGCCACAAAUCGGUGCCAUCAAUCUUCAUCUCUCGCAGCUGCCAGGGAUACAGCCGUCUCCAACAGGGGCCUUUGACCAGCUCUUUGUCUCCCACUUCAUCGACUGCUUCUUCGGAUCCGUAAGGCCAGCUCUGCCUAUACCCGGUGGGACUUCGAGGAUUUGGUUGCACGAACUCCCUGAUUUCCUCGCCUCUUCCUCUCCUUCUCCCGUUCAGAGCUCUAUCCGGGCCGCAUCGAUGCUCAGCUAUGGCACCGCCGUCGGAGAUGCGUCUAUCAAGACAGAGGCUUGCAGAUGGUACAUGAGGGCGCUGCAGAGCCUGCGACUUCUGAUGGGCUCAUCUUCUCCAGAAACCUCUGUGUGUGCAGCCGUCAUGCUCACGCACUUUGAGACAUUGGCGGGUACUAGUCCCAGGGCAUGGAUCAAGCACAUCAAAGGCGCGGCUUCGUUGCUGGAAGCGCAGGGACCAGAACGCUGCCAAAGAGGGUUUUUGCAUCAGAUAUUCAGCCAUCUGCGUCUCCAGACGUUUGUGGCGUCAAUGGCUGAGAAUGAGCUUCAUCCCUUUGCCUCGCCAGAGUGGACCACAAUUCCUUUCGAGAUUCAUCCAAAGCUGAUUUUUGACAAGCUUGUUGACAUUCUCUUUGCCGUCCAGAGAUGCUUGUCAGUCGCAAGCCGUCUAAUCACAUCUACAGCGGACAAAGCACACCAGCUGCAGCAUAAAUUGGACAUUCUCAUCCAGGAUGCACGGCUUCAAAUGCGCCAAUGGCAACUAGAGGGACUCUUAUACGCCUCUGCGGGGGGGAAACAAGAACACCGGGAGAUGCCAGCUUCUAUAGAUGAAGCCCAUCUUGAUGCAUCUUCCGAUCCACACCACUUUAUGCUGUCAUAUAAUGAUGUUCCAUCAGCAGCCUUGGUCACGCUGUACGAUACAGCCAACAUCAUUGUGCUGCGCCUAUUAUUUCUGGUUUCCACCACGGCAGCCUCGUAUAGCUCGCGUAUCCAACACCACGUGCAGUCAAUCUUAUCCGCACACGCCAUGGCAAAUGCAGCAUCCAGCUCUGUGCCUGGCCGCAGCUCCAUCAUGAUGGUCCAGCAGUUGAAGACUGUUGCCCUGUGGAGUCCCUCUUCAGAUCAAAGGGCAGUGGCCGUCGAGAUACUGCAGGGACAAACCGCUCAAAACAGAGGCUUUGCAGACAUUUCAGCGCCGUCUCACGAAUAUUUUGCCGACGUGGCGGCUCAUAUUCCCGCCAAUUACUCCGUCGAUUGA